AUGAUUCAACUCAAGACGUUACUGAACUGCAUCGACAACUCCGGUGCCGCGGUUGUCGAAUGCGUGAAUGUCUUGAAAAAACAGCGUCCUGCCACUGUGGGUGACCGGAUUGUAGUGGUAGUCCAGAAGCAGCGAAACUUCGGCCCUGAAUCAAUGAACACCAGUGGUAUUGCGAACAAGGUCCGUCGAGGAGAUAUCCGACAUGCUGUUGUUGUCCGAGCAGCCAAGGAGAUGCAAAGGCCUGAUGGGUCCACGGUGAAGUUUGACGACAACGCCUGUGUACUGGUAAACAAAUCUGGAGACCCGAUCGGAACGAGAAUGAAUGGAGUCGUGGCUACGGAACUACGAGGAAAGCAAUGGUCGAAGAUUUUGUCGUUGGCGCCAGUACAUGUAUAA